AUGAAUGUUAUCCAAGAGAUCCGACAGAACAUCACUUCAUAUGAACAACCCUCGAGCAGUGAUGAUAGCACUGAAGACAUUAUAACCAACGGCAUAGUUUCCGAGGAACUUGCUGUCACGCUUCUUGAAGGAUUCUCGAAAUUAUCCAACCGCUGGUUAUUCAUGAGUACAGACCCUGUUCAGCUACGCACCAAAUCACCGCUCCUGUUUGGUACUUGUAUCUUGGCAGGUCUCCAUAUUACCCCAUCCUUGCACGGGUCACCAACUCAUCAAGCUUUAUAUCGUCAUAUUCAUGGGCUGCUGGGCCAGGCACAUCUUUCUUCUACUACUUCACUCGACACAAUUCAGUCGAUGUUGAUUUUCUCCAUGUGGGACCUACGACCGACUUUGGGCCCUGACCAUAGUACCUCAUGGCUUCUCAGUGGCACCGCGGCUAUGCGGGUGAUUAUGACUACUCCGUUUGGGCAGCUUCCAAAGACUAGCGAUGCCGAUGGACGCGAACGAGCCCAUGCACAAGAAAUAAUGCGCACGUGGAACUUGAUUUGCCUCUGUCAGUUACAGUUUUCCGUAGGCUCUGGCCGUCCACCGAUCAUACCUAGUCAGUACUUUGACGAAUGCAUCCGAGUCCUCGACUUCCCAUCAUACAAUGCGCGGGAUGAACUUGUAUUGGCUGGAGUCAGGUUAUAUCGACUCCUCUGGGAAAUGAUAAGCUCAAACGAGAUACAAAAGGGAAGUGCUGUUUGGCCUGAGAUCGACAACUUGCGAAACGCGCAGGAGAACAUUUAUAAGCUUGAUUCUUCCGAACCAUUGCGGUUUGCAUACUCCUGCGCCUACCUGAUUCUGGCACGUCGCACACUCCAACAUAUGAACGAAACCCAACCCGAGGAAACUACCACCUCCGGAACUACACCGGAGGAACCAACCCUCCCGUUAAUCCGGUUCGCGAUUAACCAGUCGCAUCAACUCUUGAAUCUAUUUGUCUCCAUGUCAGAUUUGACCACUUAUGUCCAUCCUGCUUACGAAAACGUGCUUUGUUCCUUUGCCAUGGUGACACUGGCCGAGUUUGUGGCCCAUUUGGAUGACGUGUGCAGUAUAAUUGUUCUCAUGGAACAGGCCGUCUCUCAUAUUCAACGUGGAGGCAAAGCCGAGCCUGUGAGCCGGUGGUCUCUAAACAUCGUGAAGCAAUACGUUGCAGAUAAGGUUGAGCAAGAUUGUGUGACUUCGAUGGCAGGGGAUCACACAGGGAUCCAUAUGGCGCAGCCAACUCAUAAUUCUGGUGAGUCCUGGGCUUGUAAUGAAUGGGGAUUUGAACAGGAAUUUCCUUCGCUUGAAGAUAUGUUCUUCGGUAAUGUGAUUUAG